AUGAAUGCCAUCAAGAACCCUAUCCCAGUGGGUUCUGGCUUUAUAGACUCGCGCCAAGAAGACAUGGCUACUACAAGCCCGUCCGCUGUUGUAUCCGAGCGCAGAGCCUUAGGAGGCCAGAAGGCGAAAGCGACUUCUCCCCACCCAGGAUCAGUGGCCCCUCGAUUGAAGCUUACCAAGCCAAGGAAGCCCAAGUCAGAUUCUUUGGAGGUUGAUUGGGAGGAAGACCUGCGUCCCACACCAAUUGAGACCAAAGGCAAUGAACAAGUCGCUGCUUCUGUCCCAGACCUUUCCAAAGGAUCGAGUGUCACUAACAAGAAGUCAACGGCCAAGAGAGAGAUGAAAUCCAGAGAGCCAAAAAUUUCACCCAAAAGAAGGAAAGCUAAUCCCAAAAAGAGCGCCAUUGCUAAGAAGAACAAUGACAAGGUGUCUCAAUUGCCAUUGAUCAUUCUCAAUACCGGCAUUGCAUCUGCGGCCAAGGACAAUCCAUCAAUGGGCUUGGGCAUAUCAGAUGGGAAAAUCAAAAGCUCUGUCACAAAAAACAAUGUCAACAUGUCCGAGGCUUCUCAUCGAAAGCUCCCACAGAGCAAUGAGCCUGUCGGACAUACGAAUAAGGGCAAACAGCCCAUUGUCAUUGAGAUACCCAGCGGUACAUCAGUUUCACCUGGGAUAACAUCUGAUUCCGAUGAUGAAGGCAAAGGACCAUUUUGCGCAACUACCUCGAAAGUCAGUAUCCUGGAAUAUAGGGCACAAUCUCAAAGUCAAGAAAAUCAAGGAAAAUCCGUGUGUAAGCGACCAACCACUGCUGCGAGUUCGAGUUCAGACUGCGACAUUCAGGGAUCGUCCCGACCGAGUGCUUCGAAAGUUACAAUUCUUCAGGCAAGAGCACAACCCAAAAGUCAAAUCCACAAGGCCAAGGUUGCUCAUGAAAAGAGGAAAUUGGGUCGGCAUGGCAGAGCAGAGUCUGUUGGCAGUAAAUUGAUGCUUGCACUUCAAGGAGCAGUGUUUUCUUCACAAGCUCAGUCAAAUACCAAAGACAAAGCGUUUGCUGCUCGUCGUUCGGUUCUCCCAAUCAAGCCAGUACAAACCAAGGAGCCAAUACAAGAGCAACCAGCAGAGCAACCCCCUGCAAAGGAACCAACGAAGAUACUGGAGAUUGAUCGGGCUCCAGAUGAAACUGCGAUUCAUGAGAAACGCGAACAUCAAUCUGAUCACGAUCUCGAUCCCCCAAAUGAAGAAUCCGUUGACCAGCCAAAUCAAGCCACGACGGAAGAGUACCAGCAUGCAGAUUUGACGCAAGCCUGGGAAACUUCAUCCAGCACACAUGGUGACUCCUCUGAUCUGGAAGUUGGAAGAGGCUUGGUGGGCGACCAUCCCUCAAUUCUCGACUACCAUAUGGAAAUGGAGCAUCUGCCCGGGUUUUCAGCGCUGGAACCCCUCCGAUCUAUGCUAAAUACAUCUUCUCAAGCCAGUAACCUUUACCCUAGCCAGAAAGAUACGUCAUCCGACGUCUCAAGUGCAGGUUUAGUCACACAAGCUCAUUUAGUCACACAAGCUCAAGAGAUCACAGCAGCGAGCGCCCAAGGACGCGAAUUUACCCAUACCCCCGAAUCUCAGAAGCCCUUGUUAGCCAAUGAAACUCUGAUGGAGCUUGAUUCGUCUCCAAAGCCCCCGAAAUCAGUGCCAAAAGCCAGUAUUGUUGACAGCAAUGGUAGUCCCCGACUCAUGCAGAGGCAGAUCAAGGACGGGAUUGUCUCUCAGCUUGACCUGGAAGACAACUCCAACCAGAAGAAAGACUUUAAGGCGACUGACACCAGUGCGAGUCAAUACAGCCGAAGCUCCUGUGAUCCGGCUACCGAUGAUACACAUGAGAGUAUCGUGUGGACCAAAUUCCAGAGAGACAUGUUCCUGGAGUACGGCAUUGAAACCGACAAACUGAAGCAGACAAGACUCGACUCACGACCUAGGUCAGUCAAUCACCCAUCAUCGCUCCCCCAAGAAGGCACUGCCGAGGCUAUGAACGCAUGCCGAGCAUCGACUUCUUCCCAGAGAACAAUUGACGACAAGCAGGUCAAGGCUACUGCAUUGGAGGAUCGUGGCCCAAUGGAUAGGACAUGGUGUUACAAAGCCCCGGAAUUGCAUCGGGCAGAUAUUCAAUCGCAGCCAUGCAACUCAGCGCAUGAUCCGAUGGAAUGGAUCACCGCCCUCGGGGUCGCACAGAAGAAUGCGCACGACCUGCUGGAGGAAACAAACUUGCAUCUCUCCAACCAGCUCGCUGCAGAAAAGGUGACGAUCACUCGAGUCUUGGAGAUCUACCGCCAGGGAUGUGGUCAGAUUCUCGAUGACCUGUUCAAGGCGCAGGAAGCGCGCAUGCAAAUGUAUCAACAGCAAAUGCAAUACGUCAAGGGUCAACAUGCUAUCAUUUGUGACGACAUGGCCACAUCCACAGCAAUCCACAGCAGUCCACAGCAGUCCGCAAUUCCACAAUUUAUCAAUGGGCCCGCCGUGAUUGGAAGUGCAACACCGGUCACCGAGGAUCACGUGGACCGACAUCGGUUCGUUGCCCUCCCCCACACUAUGUCGUUCUUCAUUGACAACCCUAAUGUGGGUAACCACAGCCACUUGGAAGACUCGAGAAUUCGCGGCUACAACCCUCUCACCCCUCCCAACCUUCUCCAACAUGAAAUCGCAUUGACCGACAAGUCGCGGGAAACCGUCCUGAAGGGCCGUGAUGAGGCCGUCGCCGUCGUGCACGGUACAGACACCGAGCGCCAACGUUUAAUGGUUGUUAUUGGACCCUGUUCGAUUCACGACCCAGAGAUGGCCCUCGAGUACUGCGAUCGCCUGAUGAAGAUGAAAGAGAAGUACGCUGACGAGCUGCUGAUCGUGAUGCGCUCGUACCUCGAGAAACCCCGCACAACAGUCGGCUGGAAGGGCCUGAUCAACGACCCGGAUAUCGACGACAGUUUCCAGAUCAACAAGGGUCUCCGCAUCUCGCGCAAGCUCUUCGUCGACUUGACAAACAAGGGCAUGCCCAUCGCUAGCGAAAUGCUCGACACAAUCUCUCCUCAGUUCUUGGCCGAUUGUCUGUCCGUCGGUGCGGUCGGUGCCCGUACCACCGAGUCCCAGGUCCACCGUGAGCUGUCGUCCGGUCUGUCCUUCCCCGUCGGAUUCAAGAACGGCACCGAUGGCUCGCUCGAUGUUGCAGUUGAUGCCAUUGGCUCCGUCAAGCACCCCCACCACUUCCUUUCCGUCACCAAGCCCGGUGUUGUCUCCAUUGUCGGUACUGUCGGAAACCCCGACUGCUUCGUCAUCCUGCGCGGAGGCAAGAAGGGGCCCAACUACGAUGCCGCCAGCAUUGCCGAUGCUAAGACUAAGCUUAUUGCCAAGGGCAUGCGUCCCCGUCUUAUGGUCGACUGCAGUCACGGUAACUCCGAGAAGAACCAUAAGAACCAGCCCAAGGUGGCUGCUGUCCUUGCUGAACAGCUCGCCGCCGGCGAGGAUGCUAUUAUGGGUGUCAUGAUUGAGAGUAACAUUCACGAGGGCAACCAGAAGGUUCCUGCAGAGGGCAAGGCCGGUCUUAAGUACGGUGUCAGUAUCACGGAUGCUUGUAUUAACUGGGAGGACACCGAAGAUGUAUUGGAAGUUCUGGCCCAAGGUGUUCGUGCCCGUCGCUCGAAGACCACCAAAUAA